CCAACUGUCACAGAGCUCCCACUUCCUUGUGAUUCUGUCGGGGUGCAUCGAAGAUGGGUUUGAGUAUGGAUGGUAGCUACAUCAACCAACGUCCUAUUCAUUUACUGAGACUAUUGUAAAGAAAUAAAGCAUUUUUUUUUGCGUCGAAAAGUGAAGGUGGAGAGGCGGCAGUAGUAGUCGCGAAUAGUGUUCACACGCUCGUCGUACUACGGACAGCUCGCUUCCCCGUGCGUUUUUUUUUUAUUGCCCCCCGGUUGAUUCCGAUAGCUAGCUAACUGAUACUAACGACAAUUUUGUAAAUAUUAGCCAGCUAAGCUAACCACUGCUGGUAAAAUGGCCACCAUGGAUAAAUUGAUGAAGGCCUUUGAAUCUCUCAAGUCAUUCCAACAACAACAGGGACCGCCAACGGCCGAGGAGAUGGCUCAAAAACAGAAGAAAGAGCUGGCCACCACCAAAAAGGACAGAGUGGCCCACUGCCUGACCAUAUGUGAGAACAUCGUUGCUCAGUCUCUGAGAACGUCUCCGGAGUUCCAGAAGCUUCUGGGCAUCGCCAUGGAGAUGUUCUUGCUGUGUAGCGACGACAGAGAGUCAGACGUCAGGAUGGUGGCAGACGAGUGCCUGAACAAAAUCAUCAAGGCGUUGAUGGACUCCAACCUGCCUCGACUGCAGCUGGAGCUCUACAAAGAGAUUAAAAAGAACGGUGCCUCUCGGAGCCUGAGGGCUGCUCUCUGGAGGUUCGCUGAGCUAGCACACCUCGUCAGACCACAGAAAUGCAGACCCUACCUGGUGAACCUCCUCCCCUGUCUCACCAGGAUCACUAAGAGACAGGAGGAGACUGUUCAGGAGACCCUGGCUGCUGCCGUUCCUAAGAUCAUGUCUGCUCUGGGACACUUCGCUAACGACGGAGAGGUCAAGGUGUUGUUGAAGUCGUUUGUGGCCAACCUGAAGUCCGCUUCUCCUACGAUCCGCCGGACGGCCGCCAGCUCAGCGGCUAAUAUGUGUCAACACUCUAGACGGUCCUCCUACUUCUACACCUGGCUGCUCAACGUCCUGCUGGGUCUGUUGGUUCCUGUAGACGAGGAACAUCCUAACCACCUGGUUCUGGGGGUGUUGUUAACCCUUCGCUACCUGAUGCCUCAACUACAGCAACAGGACAGGACCACCAGUCUGAAAGGAAGCUUCGGAGUCAUGAGGAAGGAGGCAGACUUACAGCCCACGCCCGAACAGCUACUGCAAGUCUAUGAGUUGACUCUACACUACACCCAGCAUGGUGACCACAAUGUGGUGACCGCCUCUCUGGAACUGAUGCAGCAGAUGUUCCGGACUCCUCCCCCGGAGCUACUGCACAUGCUCAUUACGCCCGGCAGCGUUCCGCACGCCAGCGUGUUCAGACAGGACGUCGAGAGACGCGCACACUCCGGCAGCAUCCUGGAGUUCAUUGCCGGGGGCGGGUCUUCCUGUAAUAGUCCACUCCUCCUCAGAAAACAGAAAGGCAAGAUGCUGUCGGGGGAGGAGGAGGGGUUGGAGGACGACCCUGAGAGGGCAGAGGUCACCACCGGGGCCUUUACAGCCUCUGUCGCGGGCGCCGACGCCACCGCCCAGGUGGUCGACAUCAUUACCCAGCAGCCCCGUUCCUCACAGCAUGCUCUGCAGCCCGGCGAGUCCGUGGACCUCGGUGGCGCCUCCUCGGAACAAGGAACGACUGCCCUCGGGACCUCCGGAACCGUCUCCGGCGGCGAGGGAGGGGCGGGGACUCCCGAGUCGCCCAAUGACAACGCAGCGGAUGAGGACAUGCUCAGCCACAGCUCCAGCGGGGCUAACGUUACCCCGGAAACGGCCGACUACGCCACACCGGAGAACGCGGAGAUGCCCGACGGGCCCUUGCUGGACCCCCUAGGAGACCCCUCGCUGCCCCCGAGCGCCGACUCAUCACAGACCACCACGGAGGGGCCGGACUCGGCCGUCACGCCUUCAGACGUCGCUGAACUCGUGUUGGACACCAGUGAGAGCCUGUAUUCAGGGAUGCAGAUCGGAACUUUACAGGAUGAGGAAGAAGAGGGAGCCGCACCUUCAUCACACCCUGAACCCUUCUCCCAGUCCGCACUGGCUUUGAGUAGGCCCCACCUCCUAGAGGGCAGAGGUCACAACAGACAGGCGUCAGACAGCAGUGUGGAUCACUUCAUACCAAAGGAGGAACCAGCGGAGACCACAGAGCUGGAGAACAAGCCAUCGAGGAUAAAGGGUCCGAUUGGCCACUACACAGACCAAGGGGCGGAGCCACUGGUUCACUGUGUACGACUCCUCUCUGCCUCCUUCCUGCUGACUGGACAGAAGAAUGGGCUGGUCUCUGAUAAAGAGGUCCGUGUCAGUGUGAAGGUUCUAGCAGUCAGCUGUAUUGGAGCAGCAGCUGCUCUUCAUCCUGAAGUCUUCUUCAACUCUCUGUACCUGGAGCCACUGGACGGAGUUACACAGCAGGAGCAGCAGUAUAUCAGUGAUGUGUUGUGUCUGGUCAGUCAUGGAGACCCUCAGGUCAGAGGUGUUACAGGCGUGUUGUGUGGCUCUGUAAUCCACUCUGCUCUCACCAAGACACGUUACAACAUACACACCUGGAUGACCAGCGUACACACCUCUACAGGUAACCCGUUGUCCCUGGUGGAUCUAGUUCCUGUACUCCAGAACACUCUAAAGGACGAGUCCUCUGUCACCUGUAAGAUGGCCUGCUCUGCAGUCAGGCACUGCAUCAUGACUCUUUGUAGCAGUACUCUGAGUGAGUUGGGCCUGCAUCUUCUGGUUGACCUGCUGACCUUAAAGGACUGUUCCUAUUGGCUGGUCAGGACGGAACUCCUGGACACUCUGGCAGAGAUAGAUUUCCGGUUGGUGAACUUCCUGGAGAAGAGAACAGAGAGUUUACACAAAGGAGAGCAUCACUAUACUGGGUUGCUAAGGUUACAGGAGAGAGUGUUGAAUGGCGUUGUGAUUCAUUUGUUGGGAGACGAAGACCCUCGAGUUCGACACAUAGCCGCUGCCACUGUCAGCAGGCUGGUCAGCAUGUUGUUCUAUGAGUGUGACCAGGGCCAGGCUGAUCCGGUGGUGGCUAUAGCCAGGGACCAGAGCUCUGUCUAUCUACAGCUACUGAUGCAUGAGACGCUACCGCCUUCACACUUUACUGUCUCUACCAUCACCAGGACGUAUCGUGGUUAUAACCUGUCUCAGGGAGUGUCAGACGUCACUGUGGAGAAUAACUUGUCAAGAGUCGUCUCUGCUGUGUCCCACGCUCUCACCUCCUCUACGUCACGGGCCCUCACUUUUGGCUGCUGUGAGGCGCUGCAUCUUCUGACCACCACCUUCCCAGCAUGCACCUGGAGUACGGGCUGGCACUGUGGCUACGUCAGCUCCACCGUCACACACCCCAACCGAUCCAACCUCAACCGCUCCCGGGCACGCUCACACAGCCUCUCCCAGCCCGGCUCAGGCCCAUUGGAGGAAGGGAAGAGGACUCUAACAGUAGGGAUGGCUAACAUGGUGUUGUCUCUCCUGUCUUCUGCCUGGUUCCCUCUGGACCUCUCUGCUCACCAGGAUGCUCUGCUGCUGGCCGGGAACCUGCUCGCUGCGGCGGCUCCAAAGUGUAUGUGUAGUCCCUGGGCUGGGGAGGAGGAGGGAGGGCCGGUCCCUGGUAAGACAGAGGAGCCCUGGGCAGCGGUGGGGGAGCGCCCCCUGGUGGUCCUGGUGGAACAACUCUUCUCUCACAUCCUCAAGAUACUCAACAUCUGUGCCCACGUGCUGGACGACACGCCGCCCGGACCCGCUAUCAAGGCCACCCUGCCGUCCCUAGCCAACGCUCCCUCCCUCAGCCCCAUCAGAAGGAAAGGCAAGGAGAAGGAGGUAGCAGAGCCAAGCACCACUCCCAUGAGCCCUAAGAAAGGCAGCGACACCAACACUGGCAGGCCAGCGGACAGCGCGGGGUCCACCGCUAACGUCAACAAGUCCACAACCCUGGGAAGCUUCUAUCAUCUACCGACCUACCUCAAACUGUACGACGUCCUCAAAGCUACACACACCAACUAUAAGGUGACGUUGGACCUCCACAGCACCAAUGAGAAGUUUGGAGGGUUCCUUCGUUCUGCCCUGGACGUUCUGUCUCAGCUGCUGGAGAUGGCCACGCUACACGACAUCGGAAAGUGUGUGGAAGAGAUCCUCAGCUACCUGAAACUUUGCUUCUCCAGAGAACCUCUGAUGGCCACGGUCUGUGUUCAGCAGUUAUUGAAGACGUUGUUUGGUACCAACCUAGCCUCCCAGUACGAGGGGGCCCAGGGCGGUCCUAGUCGUUCCCAGGGGAAGGCUCUCCGUCUGGGCUCGUCCAGCCUGAGACCUGGCCUCUACCACUACUGCUUCAUGGCUCCCUACACCCACUUCACCCAGGCCCUGGCCGACGCCAGCCUCAGGAACAUGGUACAGGCUGAACAGGAGCAGGACGCCUCAGGGUGGUUUGAUGUAAUGCAGAAGGUGUCCAACCAGCUGAGAUCCAGUAUCACCAACGUAACCAAGCAGAGAGGAGACAAGAAUGCGAUCCACAACCACAUCCGUCUGUUUGAACCUCUGGUGAUCAAGGCUCUGAAACAGUACACCACCUCCACCUCUGUAGCGCUGCAGAGACAGGUCCUAGACCUGCUGGCACAGCUCGUACAGCUACGAGUCAACUACUGUCUGCUGGACUCAGACCAGGUGUUCAUAGGUUUCGUAUUGAAGCAGUUUGAGUACAUUGAGGUGGGACAGUUCAGGUAAGACCUUCACCCCCUUUUCAUCACCUUUUGACCAAGCACCCAAAAAGGGCUUGUCUUAUUUCUAAACUAUUUGUUAAGAAAGCUACUUCCUGUUCUCAUUGUAUGAUUGUGUCCAUCCAAAAAGGGCUUGUCUGAUUUCUAGACUUUAAAUUGAGCUCGUUGUCUGAUGUUCUCUGUCUCUCUGUCUCUGUCUGUCUCUGUCUGUCUCUGUCUGUCUCUGUCUGUCUCUGUCUGUCUCUGUCUGUCUCUGUCUGUCUCUGUCUGUCUCUGUCUGUCU